AUGGAACACGCCACCCAAGGAUAUUGUUUUCAAGAUCUGCUCCAGAUGGAGGUGGUGCGAGGCUGCGCCGAGGUCGCUUGCAGCGGCCUCAAGUGGCUCUACCUCCUCCACAUGUGCUUCAUCGUCGUCCAUCUCACGUACGAAGCGGUCCCGCAUGCGGCCAAAGCGGCCUGCCGCCGCAGCUCCCGCGGCCAUCUCGUCAAGUACAUCACGAGAUGCAGUUGGCUCUCGAGGUAG